AAACUAAUACGUAAAGGAAUGAAUAGUGACUCGUUGGAAAUGAAGAUGCACUGUAGCAAAUCUACUUCAAUUGCAAAAUAGAGAGGGCGGUAGUGAGGCUGAAGCAUGAGAUUUCUGUCGGUUUGACAAAUGUGGAUGCUCUAUGGCGGGUGGAUCGCUUAGGAAGAGGAGACCCAACAAGCGAUCGACGAGCCCCAAGGCGGCCCAAGCCGCGAUGGCUUUUGGGUCUUCUUUUCCUUCAUCUCCUUCCAAUUACAGAAAGAUCUCUUUACUCGCCAUGGUUUUUCUAGUCGUCUGCGUUGUUGUUGUCCUGAGCAUUUCUUCGAGCACGUGGAGCGGGUUCGGAAUCGACGUCCCUUUGGACCAAUUUUACUCCGUUGAAGUAGUCAACGAGUUUCCACACGACCCCAGAGCAUUCACUCAGGGGCUUCUGUACGGAGGAAAUGAUACCUUAUUUGAGUCAACUGGCCUACGGGGUCAGUCAUCAAUUCGGAAAGUGGCUCUCCAGACUGGGAAGGUUCAGGCUCUGCACAAGAUGGAUGAUUCAUAUUUUGGAGAGGGUUUAACACUUAUUGGGGACAGGUUGUUCCAAGUAACUUGGUUGGAGAACAUUGGUUUCAUAUAUGACAGAAAUAAUUUUAGCAAAUUUGAGAAAUUUACUCAUCAGAUGCAAGAUGGUUGGGGCCUGGCAACUGACGGGAAAGUUCUUUUCGGAAGUGAUGGAACGUCAACAUUAUACCAGAUUGACCCUCACACAUUGAAAGUCGUUCGUAAACACACUGUCAAGUAUAAAGAUCAUGAAGUACCCAAGCUCAAUGAACUGGAAUAUAUAAAUGGUGAAAUUUGGGCCAAUGUUUGGGAGACUGAUUGCAUUGCUAGAAUCUCAUAUGAGGAUGGUAUCGUGCUUGGGUGGAUUCUACUUCCCAAUCUAAGGCAAGGAUUGCUAGCUGCGGGAAGUAGAAACAUCGAUGUUUUGAACGGCAUAGCGUGGGAUAGAGAUCAAAACCGUAUUUUUGUGACAGGAAAACUAUGGCCAAAGCUUUACGAGAUCAAGUUGCAACCGGUGUUGCAACCAGUGUGGAGGAAGCUGUCCAAUGGUGCCAUCGAGCAAAUGUGCAUUCGAAUGCCAGUUCAGUUCGUGAAACCAUAGGCUGGUACGCCCGUCAUAAUUGUCUAGCCCGGUCAGACAAAUUGACAGUAGAUUUGGGGGGAUUGUCCUUUCAUUGUAAAUCUCAAUUGGUACGCUCGAAACAGCUCAGUUUGAGGGCUGCAACCUUCAUUUUAUUUAUCCCCAAGUCUUAAUCAGUGUCUUGAUAUAUGGAAAUGAACGAUCCAAGCUUUCAGAAAGAACAUAUCCUGAUGUUAAAAAUGUUACAACUGGAAACUACAAAAUGCUUACACACUGUACGUAUUUAGUCAAUGUCAACUGUGAAAUAAAUGAGUCUCACUUAUUACUAUA